CGCUCUUUUAAUAUACCUGCUAAAGGCAUCCCAGUGUUCAACAGGGGUCUGAUUCGAUUCCUGUCACUGAAAACAGUGGGCACACCAAAUGAAAAUGCGCUCAAAUUUAUUUCUACAGAUUUCAAUUUUCUUCCAGAGUCCCUAACGAGCGCAGUUGAAGUCAAUGAUCUUCCUGAGGCAUCGGAAAGAUCGCCCCUAGCAUCAGAGCUUUUCAAACUAAACGGGGUAAAAUCGUUACUCAUUGGGCACAAUUUUAUCACAGUGAACAAGGUUGAUCCAGAGCUUUCUAAUAAUCCUGACUUGCAUUGGGAUUCGUUGUCUACAAAGGUCAAGAAUGUGAUAACCAAUGCUGUGGAUUCCAAUAUCCCUGUUUUGAAUCCUGAGUACCUGGAUGAAAUAGUGAGGAAGCAGGACGAGGCUCAAGAGGACGACGAUGAUGUGACGUAUGAAAUCAAGGAACUCAUAAAUACGCGAAUCCGCCCCGCACUUCAGGAUGAUGGAGGUGACAUUCAUUUCAGAUCUUUCGAUCCAGAAAGUGGAACAGUUUAUCUCAAACUUCAAGGUGCCUGCAAAUCCUGUUCUCUCAGUGAGGACACUUUGAAGAAUGGCAUUGAAAGUAUGCUGAAACACUAUAUCCCUGAAGUGGAACAAGUGAAGUCAGUUUUGGAUCCUGAAGAAGAGAUCGCUCUACGAGAGUUCGAGAAGUUGGAAAAAAAAUUGAAACAACAGCAAACUUUGUGACGAGAGCGAGGGCUCUUGAAAGACGCAGGUAUGCGCUACUCACCUGCUCACCUAUGAGUUUGACUUAUGACAUUAGACGCCUAGGUGAACAAUUCACGGUUCAUAUAUUGUGUAUACAACUAAUACGGAGAAUACCGAUUAACUGAUAUCUUUCAGCCCUAUCCUAUUCGCGUAGCUCUCAAAUCUUUCAGCAAAUUUGAAAUCCGAUUGUGUAAGGCCCUGAACAUCAUGAGUAGUAAGGUGAAUAGUGACUUUAUUAUACAGCGUAGUGAUUUUGGGAUGAUGGCCGCCGAGGUGAGAUCUCAGAGCAACCUUAGUCAAAAAUGCCCAAGUAUCCUCGAAGUUUUGAAAUGUGUACUUUCUCUCAAGAAAAUUCCUGGGAUCUAAUGUCCACCUGUGAAGUCUCAACUGGUCCUUUAUCUUCAAAGCUUCUUCGAAAGACAGCCUUGUCAUCUUGGAUUUCAACAUGGUCAAAGUUUAUUCCUGUACUAAUUGGGA